GAGGCAUUUUGUAGAGUGCUACAUAAUCAAGCACCAGAAUCCAAAAUUGAGGGGAAGCUCAGCAAGCUCCGAAGCUUGAUGUUUCGAGGCUGAAAGUCAAGCUCGGAUUCGGGGGCUAGAAACAGGGAUCUUUACCUGUGAGCCGACAUCAUCGGUCUGAGGGAUCGACAUUUUUCUUGAGGAAAUUGUCCGGCUCCACCCAACAUUCACUUUUCAACCAGAAAUGAGAGACAGAGAGAUGAUUGUAUUAUAGAUGUACCCAGAAUAAUCUCUGGGUAGUCUUUGAUUGCAAUGAUGAAGAGCUUUGGUUUUAAUGUGGCUAUUGCCCCUGCGAGGACGCUUUCGAGACCGGCGACUGGAUCGAGGGAUUGGACUUGUAGGAGGUGUUUGGUGCAGUCGCAGAGCGUGAGAGAAACGAGGCAAGUGAGGGGAUUUGCGAGCAGGCGUUAUAGCUAUGGAAAAGGGCAGACAAAGUCGAAGGGAAGGCCGAGAGGAAGAGUUCUGAUGGCUGCUGCUGGAACGGGAUUGGGAGCUACGGUGUUAGCUUUUCCAGACGAUAUUAAACACACUUAUGAGUCUAUUCAGAGGGCUGGAGCGGUGGUUAGUACGUUGGCUAUCUCGAUCAAUGAUUAUCGAGUUACAUUAAAUCAAAAUGAGAAGACUGAAGGUGAAGGAGAACAAGACACAGCUAUCAAAGCAUGUCAUAAGAGGUGUGCCGAGAGGACUUUGAAAGUGCUGGAGUACAAUGGUGGUAUCUUUAUAAAACUGGGACAACAUCUAAGUGCCAUGAACUACCUUUUACCUGUCGAAUGGACAACGACCUUCAUCCCCUUACAAGAUAGAUGCCCCGUCUCCUCGAUCGAAUCAAUAGAAGCCAUGUUCAAGCAGGAUACGGGAGAGGAGAUAUCAAACUACUUCUCAGAAUUCGAGCCCGAACCAAUAGGUGCCGCUUCGCUUGCACAAGUACAUCUUGCAACUGUCAAGGAAACAGGACAACGAGUGGCUGUGAAGGUUCAACAUCCAUCAUUGCAAGAAUGGGCAACUUUGGAUCUAGCCUUGACACGCUUCACAUUCUCAACAUUGAAGAGAUUCUUCCCGGAAUAUGAUCUGGAAUGGCUGUCCAAGGAAAUGGAAUACUCAUUACCACAAGAGUUGGAUUUCGUUUUGGAGGGAGAAAAUGCCUUGAGAGCGAAAGAAUACUUUUCACACAUACCAGAACUACCUCUGGUGAUUCCAGAUGUCAUAUGGGCCAAGAAACGAAUUCUGGUCAUGGAAAAUGUUUCAGGUCACAGACCAGACGACCUCGAGUUCCUUGAUGCAAAUGGCAUUGAUCGAGACGAGGUCUCAGCAGCACUGGCACGAAUCUUCAAUGAAAUGAUCUUCGGCACAGAUGCCCCACUACAUUGUGAUCCUCAUGGAGGCAAUAUUGCCAUUCGGAAGAACACACAAAGACGGGGCUGCAACUUCGACGUUGUACUAUACGAUCACGGCUUGUACCGCGAUAUUCCUAUGGACCUUCGAAGGUCUUAUGCUAAGAUGUGGCUAGCAGUCAUUGACGCCGAUGAAGCUCGAAUGCGGAAAUAUGCAAAAGAAGUCGCUGGUAUUAACGAUGAGCAAUUCCCUCUCUUUGCCUCAGCGAUCACAGGAAGAGACUACUCUGUCUUGACGAAAGACGUCUCGAUGGCUCGAUCCAUGGAAGAAAAGAAGAAUAUCAAUCAAGCAUUAGGAGAAGGCAUGUUGCAACAAUUAGUGCAACUGCUAGGCCAAGUUCCUAGGAUCAUACUAUUGAUUUUGAAGACUAAUGACUUAACGCGGAGUCUUGACGAGAACCUGCAAACAAGACAAGGACCAGUGAGAACAUUCCUGAUCUUAGCGAGAUAUUGCUCCAGGACGGUAUUCGAAGAACAAGUUGAAGAGCUGAAGAAGAGAGGCAGUCUUUUAUGGCCGAGGAACAUCAUAGGAUUGCUUGGAGCUUGGUGGGGAUUCUUCAGGGUGGAAGUCAAGCUUGAGGCAUUCGAGUUCUGGUUGGCCGUCAAGAGAGGCUGGCAUGAUGUCGUGGGUUGAGGAUGAGGUUGUGAGAAUUGUAUAUAUUUGUUGGAAAGCGUGCAUAGAUAGAUAGAAGCUAGACCUGUCAAUAUACCACAAACGCCCUUUGCCCCC